AUGUCUUCAGAUUCGAAAAAGUACUCAUAUCUAGAUCUUGUGAAAGCUUGUGAUAACUUUCCAUAUGAUACAGACAUCGACACACUGCAUAAACUGUAUCUCCCUAACGAUGACCGAAUCCAUGGUUAUAUGCUUCCGGAGAUUGUCUCCAAAAUGCCUUGGACUUCUGAUUUUAUUAUCACUCACAACCAUCCAUUGAGCGUCCAGCUUCGUCCCACAGAAACCACAUCUAGCGACUACUCAACCAUUUGCAACAAUGCAUUCGCCGCAGUCAUCAACCAAGCAAUCGAUCAAGAUAUCUUCAGUACCCUACACAAACAACACAGCGAACCAUACGCCAUCCCCGGCGCUCAAGAACCCGUACAUCUCGAACGCUAUGCGGCCUCCCUAUUCGGAACCAUAGCCAGAGGCGCCCACCUCACAAUCUUCACACGCACGAACGGCGAACUAAAAAUCUGGGUCGCAAGAAGAAGUGCCCAUCUCUUUACCUAUCCCCACAAACUCGAUAGUACCGUUGCCGGCGGCGUGCGCGCCGAUGAAUCCCCCUUCGAAACCAUCAUGCACGAAGCAGACGAGGAAGCCUCUCUGGAUUCUGCACUUAUCCGUGCAGAUGUACGAGCGACGGGCGUCAUUACGUAUAUGAAAAGUACAGGGAAAGGAUCGGGUGGGAAUCAGGGGUUGGUAACGGCUGAUAUGAUAUAUGUGUAUGAUCUAGAGGUAGGAGAGGAUAUUGUGCCUGCGCCAAGAGAUGAUGAAGUCGAGGGGUUUUAUUUGUGGGAUAUGGAGAGGGUGAAGAGGGAGUUGGGGAUGGGGGGAUUCAAGACGAAUAGUGCGGUGGUGAUGAUUGAUUUUUUGGUAAGGCAUGGGGUUAUUACGGGGGAGAAUGAGAGGGAUUAUAAGGAGAUUUUUAUGAGGAUGCAUAGGAAAAUACCUUUUCCGACGGCGCCGGUGAGCUAG